CGAAACACGUGGAGAUCAGCCAGUUAUAUGGUUAAAGAUCUUGGCAUAAUUGCGGUUCUAGUUUACGCAGCGACGUUAAUUGACGUAUACCUUCCGCAGACGCUUCGUUUUUUCGCUUGGCUUGUAUAUUGGUUUUUUUGUGGGGCUUUUGCAACAGGUUUAUGGGUGAUUGCUCACGAAUGUGGACACCAAGCCUUUUCACCUCACAAGUCUAUAAACAAUACAGUCGGCUUCAUAUUGCAUAGCGCUUUAUUGGUUCCAUAUCAUUCGUGGAAAAUAACACAUGCUAAGCAUCACCAUUUUACGGCUCAUAUGGAUAAAGAUCAAGUAUUUGUACCUAAAACACGAAAAGCACUAGGUAUUCCUGAGAAAGAUAAAGAUCAUGAUGACGGAACAUCAAUAUUUGAAGAGGCACCUAUUGUCACACUCAUAAUGUUAAUUCUUCAACAAUUAUUUGGAUGGCCUCUCUAUUUGAUCUUUAAUGCAUCAGGGCAAGUGUACAAGAACCAAACAUGGAAUUUUGUUCGUGGAGCUGCUUGUACAGUGGAUCGUCAUUUCGGAUUUCUUGAUUCUAUAUUUCACCGAAUCUCGUCUACACAUGUCGCUCAUCAUUACUUUAGCAACAUGCCACAUUAUCAUGCUGAGGAAGCAACCAUUUAUCUUAAAAAAGUUCUUGGUUCUUACUACAUUUUUGAUAAUACACCUAUCUUUAAAGCUUUAUGGAGAAGCUAUAAUCAAUGUCGAUUUAUAGAAGAUGAAGGAGAA